CAUAAGGAUCCUUUCUAAAACCUUGGAGAGUAUACUGGCAAGUGCAAUCGGUCUAUAGUUAUCUAUACUCGUUAACUUACCAGUCUUAUUUUUAACUACAGGAACCAACAAGACAGAUAACAUGGAUUCAGGAAGUAUGCCAUGCUUCAUGUUAAGACCACAUGGUACAUGAAAUCGCAGACGUCGGGUGAUAAGCACCGAGAUUCAAACGUAGUUGGAAAACUAGUGCCGUCAGACUUUCAAUGAGAGCAGUGCUGCUAAACGGAACUUAGGAAGUUCAUAGAAGUUCGAAGUUCACAAGAGAAAGCGUUUCAGUUUGCCUGCAAAGAGUGUUUUACCUGCAAAACAUGCAAAAAGCAAAGGUUAGAAAAGUCAGCAUCACUUCUAAUUUAACGGAAGAGAAGAGGAGGCAGCUCUGUGGUUUGCUGGGUGAUGUGGAGCUGACUCUUCUCUACAAAGCUUCAGUUCAUGGAUAUCAAGCUUCUGCCUUCCACAAGCGAUGUGACCGUCAGGGUCCCACUUUACUUGUAGCCUACAACAACUCAGGCUACAUCUUUGGUGGAUACACCAGUGUAGAUUAUGCUCAAAGCGGGCAGAAUAUUACUGAUCAGGACACAUUCUUAUUCAGCUUUCAGGGCAAGAUCCCUGUGUGUAUCAAAAUUAACAGUGGCUGUAAUGCACGUUAUGAUGACACUGGAGGGCCCAACUUUGGCAAACAGCUGUACUUUUGCUACAACAACCAACCAGCUGUAUAUAAUCAACAAAGGGAUGAAUACCACUGUAAAGGGAUGGUAACAAUGCUUGCUGAUAAAGCAUUCAGUUUUAAUCCUGCAACACUGUAUGGAAAUGACACUCAGAUGACUGAAUGUGAAGUGUACAAAGUGGAAGAGAACCCUCACGUCAGUGCAGAGGAGAAACCGUGGAGAAAUGUUCUGUGGACAGCUAAUCGAAGAGAGCAGCUCAUGAAAAUGAUCAGAAACCAUAAACCCUUGAUGGCGUCUGUGAGUCGAGUCAGAAUCCUAAUGAUUGGUCCUGUAGGUGCUGGAAAAUCCAGUUUCUUCAACUCCAUCAACUCCAUCUUCACUGGUCAUGUGACUACUAAAGCCAUGUCAGGAUCUGCAGGCACAAGUUUAACUGUACAGUUUCGCACAUAUCCAGUGAAUGACGGCCGUGAGGGAAAGCCGUUGCCAUUUGUGUUGUGUGACACCAUGGGACUGGAGGAGCAAUCAGGUGCAGGACUGGAUAUUGAGGACAUCAGCAGCAUUCUUCAAGGUCACAUACCAGACCGCUAUAAAUUCAACCCCAUGGCACCAUUUCAACCUGAUGAGCAAAAGGCCUCCAGACCUGCAUCUCUACAGGAGAAGAUCCACUGUGUGGUGUACGUGAUAGACGCCACCAAAAUCUCCCUCAUGUCUGACAAACUACAGGAAAAACUUGCUUCCAUACGCAGAAAAGUGAACUCACUGGGCAUUACUCAGAUCGUCUUGAUGACCAAAGUAGAUGAAGCAUGUCCUCUAGUGGAGGAAAAUCUUCAAAGCCUUUAUGUCAGUUCCUACAUUAAGUCAAAGGUUCAGGAGGUGAGCUCUCGGUUGGGUGUGCCGGUGUCUUGUGUGUUACCGGUGAAGAACUACAGUCAGGAGCUGGAGCUGGAGCUCAACUGUGACGUCCUGCUGCUCACCGCUCUACAGCAGAUGCUUCGCUUUGCAGAUGACUAUUUUGAUGAUAUACGUUCUGUGGAGGGCAACCCUAAAUAAUUAUCUUUCACAGUUCGUGCAGAUUCAGAAUGGCCAAAUUAAAAGCUCUUUGAAUCAUUUAUGUAACUUAAUAAAGGCUAAUCACAUAUUCAGCACUUUUAUAUGGUCUGGAACAGUGGUUUUCAAUCCUGGUCCAACCGGACCAACCAGAGGGCCGGACCAAUGCACUUAACUCAGUCCUGCCCAAUAUAUUUUAUAUCUCUUUAUAUAUAUAUAUAUAUAUAUAUAUA